UGUUAAACAAUUGACCCCUCCACACUAUCCAAGAUCCGUUGUUGCCGACAACGUCCUAUUUUCUUAGUUUUAAAUACUUUUCAUACUAAAGUUAGUCACACAUGAUGCUAACAAUUAGCAAUACAUAUUCUUUUUGAAUUUGACUAGUUGAACAAGCUAAAUGACUCAAUAGAUCACCUUAGAUAAAAUGACUAGUGUUAGCUUAAGAAAUCACAAGCUAGGAUGGCAGAGGUGAAACUACAUGGAUUUUGGUAUAGUCCUUUUACUUUAAGGGUAGUAUGGACCCUAAAUCUAAAGGGUAUACCAUAUGAAAACAUAGAGGAAGAUCGCUUCAAUAAGAGUCCCCAACUUCUUCAAUAUAACCCAGUACACAAGACGAUUCCGGUACUAGUUCAUGAUGGAAAACCCAUAUGUGAGUCCAUGAUCAUUAUUGAAUACAUCGAUGAAAUAUGGCCACAAAACUCAUUGCUUCCAGCUGAUCCUUAUGAUAGAGCUCAAGCCCGAUUUUGGGUUAAAUAUAUCGAUGAAAUGAUUUCGUCACUUUUAGCAUUCAGUCAUAGCAAAAGUGGUGAAGAACGAGAGAAGGCCAAAGAGAAUAUAUGGGAACGACUUGGAGUCGUCGAGGAGAAGUGUUUGGGUGAUGAGAAUAAAUUUUAUGGAGGAGACAACAUUAACAUUGUAGACAUCGCUCUCGGAUCUUUUGUCAAACUUAUUAAGGUUCUAGAAGAUACGUUUGAAGUGGAGAUCUUGCAAACUGAGAGAUUCCCCCACUUGCAUUUAUGGUUUAAUAAUUUCAAGGAUGUUCAAGUCAUCAAAGAAAAUACUCCUGGCGAAGAGAAGUUGGUGGCUUUAUUAAAGCCUACUUUUGAAAAAAUCUUUACAUCUUGAGAAAAGUAUGGCUUUUAUGAAUUGAUAUGUAAAACAUUUGUAUCUUCAUGGGUCAUAUGUACUACACGGCUAAUAAAUUUAUAAGUUAGUUAAUUACUGCA